GUUAAUUGUAUCCGUUGACCGGAUGCAUGUAUAGCUUUAUUUAAUAUUGUCCAGCCUUUGUUAUGGCAGUUUCGUGCCUUGCCUUCUUUGAGUAAACUAAUCGUCUCUUUUUCCUUUUUCUUUUUUUUUUCUAAGUGGAAUCUUGACACGAUCUCUGGAAAGAUGGAGUCUUCACACUUGCCUACAACAACUUACGAAUCACCGCGUCCCGGGCAGGCCCGGCAUCCGCGACUUAAUACAAUAAUAGAAGACGUGUUCCAGUGCGACAUAAGGCCCUUUUUAAGAGAUGGGAAUGGAACACCGAUCGACAAACCAACGCUGAUAAUCUCUCCUCCUUCAAUCGAGUCUGUUCCGACUUUAUGUCAUGGAGGCGUUUUGACUACCUCAAACUCACCUGAAUCCGCAGCCUCGAUAUCUCCCGAGUCACCGUGGAACAACCGAAGACAUGGCAGCAGGUCCACACAGUUUAUGCAGGCUGAACAGCAACAGUCAUUGAACGUGGAUUUGUCAGAAGAUAAGCUUCUUCCAAAGACGGGUUCCCCUGUCUUCAACCCACACAGGAACCGCUAUCCUUCACUCACGAUCCCCACCUGGUCCACUUCUCCGCAUACCAAUGAAUGCCAUAAAUCUUCACCGGUUCCGCCGACACCCCCACCAAAGAUACCAAUGUCACCAGCAGCAUUGUCAUUUCUCUCCCGGGACCUCCCCGCGGCAAAUGCGACUCCAUCUCUCGAUGGUAGCGUGACCUCGGAGCAAAUGGCGAAUCUCAGUGCGCCAGCAACACCCGACUCGACUAUGAAGAUGUCUGAAGUUCAGGAUUGGGGCAUGUCAACACCGAAUUCAACGGCGGGUCAGGGUCGAUCAAAUCAGGAUGGGCUAAGGGAACAGUAUCUGCUCUCACCCGUUGAUUAUCACGCUCGAUUGCCGAGGCGUCACACAGUUGAGGUGCUUUCGGCGGAAGAGGAUAUGCACCCAUUGGAGCAGAUAACAGAGGAAGACUCCGACGUGCACAGCUUAGAGCACCUUUCGCGGGAAAGUCCUAUUGAGCUAUCUCAGGGUCUGACGGACGACAAAUGGGACGAUACGAACAAUGUUCCGGCAGAAAAGGAGCCGGAAAUGGAGCAGGUAUCUGCCAUAGACUUCUACCGAUAUGCACCGAAAACCCCCUCAGCUGCAUCCCGGGCAUCUCUCGGUGCGCUCACUCAAUUGAGCAUCCCUUCCCCACGCGACUUCUUCGCCUCGCUCGAGCCUGGCACACGGCAUACGUGGGCACCCAAGUCUCCCCACCCACCGUCUUCAGCAACAGCCGAGAGAUUCUAUGGCUAUCCGUGGCUGAGAGAGGAGGAAAAGAUGCCUGAGCACAUAGUUGGAUCAGUCGAGCAAAUACGGGAACCCGAGGUGGUUGAGAUUCAAAUGGAGCCCGAGGAGCUGGCCAAACUGACAAGUACCUUGAAAGAGCAACCCUUUCACGACUUUGAUGAGAAUUACGAACGGGGACUUCGUCAACUGGCCUCAGCUAACCUCGACCGGACAAGCAGUUGGCUUGUGGCGCAAACAACAUAUCUUAAUGCUCUUAGAGAAGCACCUGCCCCUGAAGAUGAUGAAAACGUUGCUAAUGAGCACAACUUGCCGUCUGAGUCCGCUCCAAAAGCGACUGAGCCCGUUGUGAAAAAGUCUGUGCGCUUCCAGGAGGACAUUCAGCCCGAGCCUAUGGAGCGCAGACCUUUGCCAAAGAUUCCCGGAGAUUCUCUGUAUUAUCAUGCCUUUCAGCACCUCAUUCGUACCGCUGGGCGGCUCGACGCUUUCACGUACCAGCAGGCCAGGAUCGAAGCACUUCGCGCCGCCCGGAUUAGCCUUCCUUCUGCUUAUCGUGACCAGCUCCUCGGCUUGUAUUAUCUCGUUGACCCUAUCACUCGGCCACUUCUCCGUCGCCCAAUCUCGCUCAUGCCUCCUCCUGGUCACCCGCAGGAAGGCGAUAGCCCAGAGAAAAAGAUUAUAGAGCGCAAAGAGAGAGAAAGCCAGGCUUUGGAUCAGAUCCGGUUUUCUACAUGGAACGUCCAGGCUUUGAAAAUGCUCAACGGUGGCCAUCUUCUUAUGAGCCCCGCCAGGAAGCUGCUUGCUCGGAGCAAGACCACGCCUCAAGCUAAAGACACCCCUAGGAAUAGGGCUAGGGUCUUGGAUCUCGGUGGACAGUCUACAUGCGACUGGGCAUGGCUAUGUGCCCUGGAGUACCGCCAAGUGAAGACAUACACCGUGCUAAGCAAAGAGCAAGCUGGGAACGAGACCUGCCGCAGCCCAUUCAACCAUCGCCGGGUCACUGUUCCCCACUUGUGGAAACUACCAUUUCGAGAUAACUUUUUUGACGUCAUUUCGGCGCGCUCCUUGUACAUGUUUUUGAAGACCGAUCGACCACCAGAACAAAUGGCAGAUGAGUACGAUCUCUGUCUCAAGGAGUGCCUCCGCUGUCUCAAACCGGGUGGUUAUCUCGAGUUUAUGGUGAUGGACUCGGAUAUUAUCCGGGCUGGACCUCGAGCUAUGGCAACAUCGGUGGAGUUUGGAUUUAAUCUCAAGACUCGAGGAUAUGAGUCCACCCCUACUCGAUCCUGGAUUGGCAGAUUGAAGAAUGCGGGAUUCGGUCAGGUCAAACGCGCGUGGCUGUUCCUGCCCCUGGCCGCAGCACCUCCAGCCAACCCUCCUCAGGCGCCGCAAGAUGAGAAAGCAGAUGUCGCAAAUACCGGAAACACUGCUCACGUGGCUGGUCUCACUGGGCUGGUCGGUACUUUGGCAUGGGAAAGAUGGAUGCUUAAGUUGCAUAUGGAAAUGGGGAAGAGCGAGGAGAGAUUACUAGAGGGGAUUAACAGCAUCGUUGCGGAGGGAGAGCAGACGGGAGCAGGAUGGCGGUGCUUGACCGGCUGGGCCAGGAAGCCCACCGGAAAGGCGGCGUUGCGGAAGUGAGUCACGAAGCUUGGAAGGGAUGUGGGUAGUUGCUACAUCGAAUUGGUGUUGUCGUUUUGGGCUGGGAGGAGAGACCGGGAAGAGGAGGGGGGAGAAGUACUAGCAGAUGACGGGAUCGAUUGAGCCUCUUUGAUUGUCGUGCUGCUGCACAUUUUCGAUUGGCUGAGAUGAAAAAGAAUUUCGUUCCCAUUCCGAGGACCGCCGUCCUUUAUUUUGAAAUAUAUGAUGCCCUGUAUAUGCUUUUGCUUGACUUGAUUUUCCCUUGCCCUUUCAUUUUGCCUUUAGACAUGGAUCUUCAGCAUAUGUUGUUGUUGUUGUUAUUGCAUUUACAGUAUAGGAAGGAGAAAGUAUACCCCUGUGAUAGAAGAAGCGCACAAUUAGUACUUUGCUUAUAGUAAGACGCCAUUGUUUAUAAUUAAUCUGAUUGCCUC